AUGUCUAAUAAAGCCACCAAUAUACGCAUUCAACUUCAAAAUAUUAUCGCAUCUGGAGGUUCUCAUAAAGAUCAAGCAGAAAAAUAUCGUUCUACAUUGGAAGCUAUACUAAAAGAAAAUGAUUCGGAACUAAUCGAAUGCCUGCAAAUUUUUAUAGAAGCAAUUGUUAAUGAAAAUGUAAGUUUAGUUAUAUCGCGCCAAAUUUUAACAGAAAUAAGUUCUCAUCUAAUGAAAUUGCCUGAUGAUGUAUCAAAAGCUGUAUCUCACUAUAUGCUUGAAAAAGUACAGCCUCGAGUAAUAUCAUUUGAAGAACAAGUUGCCAGUAUUAGACAACAUUUAGCUGAUAUAUAUGAACGUAAUCAAAUGUGGAGAGAAGCUGCAGCUGUUUUGGUUGGAAUACCAUUAGAAACUGGUCAAAAACAAUAUACUGUAGAUUAUAAACUAGAAACUUAUUUGAAAAUUGCACGUUUAUAUUUAGAGGACGAUGACCCUGUACAAGCGGAGGCCUUCAUUAAUAGAGCUUCUUUGUUACAAGCAGAGUCCCGCAAUGAACAACUCCAAAUUUAUUACAAAGUCUGUUACGCAAGGGUCUUGGAUUAUCGUAGAAAGUUUAUAGAAGCUGCUCAACGUUAUAAUGAGUUAUCUUACAGAAGUAUUGUUCAUGAGGAUGAAAGAAUGACGGCACUCAGAAAUGCCUUAGUUUGUACAGUUUUAGCUUCAGCCGGACAGCAGAGGUCUAGAAUGUUAGCUACAUUAUUUAAGGAUGAACGUUGUCAGCAAUUACCUGCUGUAGCCAUACUGGAGAAAAUGUAUUUGGAACGAAUUAUCCGCAGAUCUGAAUUACGAGACUUUGAGGCACUUCUCCAACCACAUCAAAAGGCAUCAACCAUUGAUGGUUCUACUAUUUUGGACAGAGCUGUUAUUGAACAUAACUUGUUAUCUGCUAGUAAACUAUACAACAACAUAAGCUUUGAAGAGCUAGGAGCUUUGUUAGAAAUCAAUCCAUCUAAGGCAGAGAAGAUUGCCAGUCAAAUGAUUACUGAAGGAAGAAUGAAUGGUUAUAUCGAUCAAAUUGAUUCCAUUGUUCACUUUGAGACAAGAGAAACUUUACCUCAAUGGGACAAACAAAUUCAGUCCCUAUGUUAUCAAGUGAACUCCAUUAUCGAGAGUAUCUCCAAAAAUCAUCCCGAAUGGAUUUUAAAGGUCAUGGAAGAACAAAUGGUGUCGUAAAUAGAAAACACAAAAGAUUCGUGUUAAAAUUUGCUGUAUGGUAUUUCAUGUUCUGUAAUAUUUAUAUUAAUAAAACUAAUAAAUAAAUUGUAAAUCAUA